AUGAUUUCAUCAAGGGCGCCAUUUCUUAAGGUGAAACGAAAUAUAACAUUUUUUCAGCAAAUAAAAAAUCCUCGAAACAUUGAGAUUGAAAAAAAAAAUGCACAGGAAAAUGCAAAAAUAUUCAAGCGAAAUAUCGCAAGCAGUAAUGUGAGUAACGUCACAAAUAAAACAGAUUUGAAUACAUCAGAUAACAUUAAAAAUAACGUGAAAGAUGUAAAUUCAAAUGGUAACAAUGGUAAUGAACAUUUAUUGAAUAUGAGAAUAAAAAGAGAUGGAAAAGAAGAAGAAAAUAGCAAAUUUUACUUGAAUAAACAAAAUGGCAAAAGAAAUUAUACAAUAAAUAGUUUUAUCAAUAUAAAAAAUAAUAAAAUGUUAGCAAAUGUGAAUGAAAGUGAAAAUACACUCCUUGGGGGGAGUAGUAAAAUAUUGUUAAAUAAUGGAAUAAAGGGGAAAUUAAAUUCAAAUAAUAAUAAUAAUAAUAAUGGAAAUAUGAAUAAUACAAAUAUAUAUAUUAAUAAACUUCAUGAUUAUUUAGACAUUUCUCAUAAAUCAGAAGGUGAUAAAAUCAGAAUAAAUAAAAUUUUGAGCAAACUACGAAAUGAUAAUAUAACUAUUAGUGUCAUAUUAGAUGUUUUAAAAAAUUUGUGUAAUAUAUUUUUAAAAAAAAGUUCACAGAACAAUUUAGACAAUUUGAUAAUUAUCAACAAUUUAAAUAAUAAUAGUAUUACUAGUAAGAAUGUAUCAAAAAAAUUAAAAAACUAUUUUGAAGAGUAUUUUAUAAAUAUAAGCAAAUAUAUAAUAAAAUACAUUUCUUUUAUUAAUGAACAUGACAUAUUUAAUUUGUAUAAAUAUUUAUAUUAUCUAAAUUAUCCACUAAGUCAGGAUACUAUGGAAUUACUACAAGAACAAUUUUAUUUGCAUAUAGACAAAUUAGAUUCUUUAAAAGUUGCUCAAAUAUUUUAUAUAAUAAACACUUUUUAUAAAAAUUCUUAUUUGAAAGAACCUGAUUCUUUUUUUGUAUAUGUUAUUGAUGAAAAAUUUAAAAAUAGUUAUAAUAAUAAUGGUCAUAAAUUUUAUGCAACUUCGACAAUUUCUAAAGAAAAUGAUAAAUACCUAUAUAAAAAUAUUUUAUUUGAUUCCAAUUUAAAUAAUAACUAUAAAGGACCAAACAUAGAAGCAGUAUCAAAUUCACAAAAUUAUAAAUAUAAUGAAGAACAUUAUAACAAAUAUCCUGAUAUGAUUAUAAAUAAUUCAAAUUCAUUAAAUCAGUUAAACCCCAUAACAUUUAAUAAACAAAAUAGUACCACCAUCAAUGUUUUACAAUCUGAUUUAUUAAAUACAUUACCAAAUUAUAAAAAAUAUAGUUAUAAUAGUAAUGAAACUAUUACAGAAAAUAAUGAACUUCUUUUAGUUUUUAAAUAUAUCCAAAAUUUUCAUCAUAAAAUGAAUUUUUUUUAUGAUCGAAAUAUUAUGAACAAUUUAGAAAAAAGCUUGAAUAACUUUUCGAUCGAAACAUUAUUACUUAUAUUAAAUAUAUAUAUAAAUAAUAAUGACGAAUUAUUUAAUAGAAAAAUUUUAAAUGUCUUAUAUUAUAAUAUAGAUAAUAUGAAUGAACAAAAUCUAAUUUUAUUAACUGAUUAUUUCAAAAAUACGAAAAUACUUAUGAACAGUAAAUAUUAUACUAGUAAUGAUAUAAAUGAAAUAUCAAUAAUUAACAAAAUUAUAGAUAAAAUAAAAAAAGAUAAUGAUCUUAUUAUUCCAAAUAAUCUUGCUUGUAUUUAUUUAAAUCUUUAUGAUGUGGUAAAUAAAAUCCCAUUUUCUAAUAGCUCAAAUAAUAAUAUGAAAAAUAAUAAACAAGAAUAUGAACAUUUUAAUAGUCCCCAAAAUCAAAAUACGAAUGAAAAUAUGUCACAUGUUAAUAAUUCAUUGAAUCAUGGUAUCACACCUUCUGAUAAAACUGUUUACAAUUUGGAAAAUGAAUAUAAUUUUCAAAAUAACGAAAUGUCUUACAAAACAAAUGAAAAUAUAAAUGAAGAAGAUACACAAUAUAGGGAAAGAAAUAAUUUAGAAAAUUAUGAAAAAAUGGAAAAUAUAAAAAAUAACAUGAUAAAUGAUAAAUAUAUAGAUAGAUCUGCAUUACUUUAUGAAAUAAUCAAAUUUUGUGAUGGUCACAUUAAUAAUAUUUCUUGUUUUUCAUCUAUUCUUGAUUUAUAUUUAAUAUAUAUUAAAAAUGAGGUUAUAAAAAGUAAAACCAUACAAAUUUUUGAAAAAAAAAUAAAAACAAAUAAAAAUAAAUUAACACAACAAAAUAUAUCAAACAUAAUAAUGUCUCUAAGUAUACAUCCUUAUCAUUAUACUCAAAUGUUUACAUAUUUAGAAAGUUUAUUAAAUGAAAAAUUAAACAGUAUAAAUAAUAAUGAAGAGAAUCAAGAAAAUAAUUUAACCUCAAUUAAUGAAGAUGAUAAUCAAAAUAAUAUUAGUAAUAUUUCUAACACUUCAAAUGAAACAGAAGAUAGUUUUUCAGAUAUAGACCCAAAUUGUUUAAUUGAUAUAUCAUUAGCUUUUGGAAUUAGUGGAAGACAUAAUUUUAAUUUAUGGAAAUUUGUUGAUGUUCAUAAAAUAAUAUUAACAUGCAAUAAAAAAUUAUUAUUAUAUUUAUCAUAUAGCUUUUUAUUAACAAAUUAUUUUUGUCCAACAUCAUGGUUUUUUAUAAUUAAAAGAAUUGUAGAAGAUGUUAAAGGAUUUAAUAAAAAACAAUAUGAAUUAUUAUAUGAAAUAUUAAAAUGUAGUAUAUUAUUUAAUUAUAUCGAUUUAAAUAAUUUUACAAAUAUGCCUAAAAAAUUUGCUAUAAAUUUCAAUAGUCCGAAAACAUUAUUAAAUAACAAAAAUGAUACAAAUAAUUUUUUAAAAAAUUUCCAUUAUCUAUUAAAUACAUCUUAUUAUCACUACAAAUUAAAGUUAAUAAAUAAUCAAUAUAAUUCAAAUGUGCCUUAUGAAGAAGUUUUUAAUUAUCUAAAAUUAAAUUAUGAAAAAAAUAUUGAAUUUAAGCAAUUAUAUAUUAUCCCGUUUUUAUUAAAAGAUUAUAAUGUUAUUAUUGAUCCAUUACCAUCAACACCUAUUCAUAAAUCGAGUGGAUAUAUUAUGGGAGAAAUACAACUAAAACAUAAAGUUUUUAGACAUGAAAAUUAUGUGGUUUUGUCAUUUUAUGAUGGAAUGUGGGAUGAAUUUAUAAAGCAAUCAACAAAUAGCAACAUUCAUGACAAAAAUGUAUAUGAUGUUAAAGCUUUAGCUGAGCGUUUUAAAACAUAUACCGAAUCACACAUUAAAAUUAAAAUAAAUAAAAAUAAUAUAUCGACACCUUCUACACUUGUAUAUAAUCAUACCAAAAAUAAAACUAAUACUCAGGCAAAUUAUUUAAAGUAUAAAAAACAAAACGUGCCUCAGGAAAACACCAAAAAAUAUUUAGUAAAUAAAACAAACAGAGUUACCAAUAAUCAGGAUAAAAAAAAGUAUUUAAAAAUCAGAACUAAGGCUAUUAAAAAAAAUUGA